AUGAUGUGGAAGUAAAUGACAAAACUUAUAGUAGUAAUAAUGCUGCACACAGUGUUGUUAGUAAAAGUUUGAGUAUGAGUGGCUUGAUGAAUAAUGACAUUGAUAAUUGUAAUGAAAAAUCAGGGUUGGAUUUAACAAAAGAAUUUCCAACUGAUCGUGGUCAUUUUGAUGAAAGUAUGCUAAUUAGUUCUAAUUUAAAAAGAAGUAUUAUUUUGUAUGGACCAUGUAGACCUACCACAUUUGAAUUUCCAUUUACUCCAGAUGGUAGUGGUUACAAUCGGAAAUUUACACCACACUUUUAUUUCAAAACAGUUAAGUCUGGAAUUCGCAUUCCUAGAUUGUGGUUAUGCUAUUCUAUAAUUUUAGAUCGGGACAUUACAAAAAUUGAUCAACUAAGCAUUAUUUUGAGGUACGUUGUUGUAAAUUAUGACCAAAAAUCAAUUGAGGUAAAAGAAUCCUUUUUUGGUUUUUUUGAGUUAAAAAAACAUGGAGCAGCUGAUCAUGAAAAUCUUAUAUAUAAAGUUUUACAGUCAUUUAACAUAGAUAUACAAAAUUGCCGGGGUCAAGGUUAUGAUGGUGCGGCCGUUAUGAGUGGCAUAUAUUCAGGGGUACAACAAAGAAUUUCAUCUAAUGUAUCAAAUGCACCAUUCAUUCACUGCUGUGCCCACAAUUUAAAUUUAGUUAUUUGUGAUGCAGCAGCAUCAACAGAAAUCGCAAACAAUUUUUUCUUAAUUGUUCAAUCAAUUUACAAUUUUUUUAGCACUAGUGCUCCAAGGUGGGCUAAUUUAGCCCUUAAGGAAGAUUUUGCUAAAAAAAUUAGGCAAAAAGUAUUAAAAAAAGUUUGCCCUACACGUUGGGAAGCAAGAUAUGAAUCAGUAUCAGCACUUAAAGAAAGAUAUAUAGAUGUUCUUAAAUCAUUAACUGGCAUUAUUUUAACAAGUGACAAGCUAGGUGAAAGAAAUAUGGCUAAUUCAUUGAAAAAAAAAAUGGAGCAUUUUCAAUUUGUGUUAAUGCUUUGUUUGUGGGAAAGAGUAUUACGGCCAUUGCAUGGGGUUUCAAAACUUUUACAACAACGUAAUAUGGAUCUUCAUAAUGCACGUGAUAGAUUAGCUGAAUCAUUUUCAUCAAUACAAAAUCUUAGAAAUGACUACAUUAAUAUUGUAAAAUAUGCAAAAGACUUAUGUAUAAAAUGGGACAUACCAUUAAAUAGUUCACAAACUAGACAACGACUUGCGAAAAAAUUUUUUGAUGAAGUGGAUGGCGACAGACGGUUAAAUAUCACAGAAAAUAAUUUUAAAAUAAAAAUAUUUUUUCCCCUUAUUGAUACUAUAUUGGUGCAACUUAAAUCAAGAUUUGAAAGUUUUCAAGAUGUUUGUGAUACAUUCAAAUUUUUAAAGCCGGAAUCAAUUAUUAAAUCUGAAGAAACUGAAACAAUCAAAAGUUGUUAUGAUUUUGUUCAAAAUUACAAGUCGGAUGUUGGUUCCGAGUUAACAUAUCAAAUUCUGUCUCUCAAAGAAAUAAUAAUAAAUAAAAAAUUGAGGUCUAUUCGUGAUUUAGCACUAUUUAUUUUAGAAAAUGAUUUAUCCUGUAGCUAUUCAGAAGUUUUAGGCGCUUGUAUUAUUUUUUUGACUUUGCCAGUCACGGUUGCUACUGCCGAGAGAUCAUUCUCUAAACUGAAAAUAAUAAAAAAUUAUUUAAGGAACUCAAUGGGACAGGACCGACUAUCAAAUAUUGCAGUUUUAAAUAUUGAACAACAGCGUACUAAAGAGUUAUCUUUAGACAAAAUUAUAACUGACUUUUCAAAUUUAAAAGCAAGGAGGAUGAAGUUUUAA